GCGUUUGUACUCGUGACUGGACCGCGAGUUUGAACCGCCACCGUUCCACCUUAAAUCACUCGCUGACUUCACGUGAACUCGACUCUCCACCCAUAUCCGAUGGGAGCCUGUUAAGAGGCGUCUCACCUUCCCGGUGAUGCAUCUGUGACCGUCUACAGCGCGACUCCUCACCUCCCGGUUCCAGGCGCCGGUGCGUAAAGACGCACAAGACUCCUGAAGAAAUCCGCGUGGAUAACCAAGGUGUUGGAUUUAACUUCCUCCGAAAGCUUUUUUUUUUUCCUUCUUCGAGUGACUUAUUUCAUGCCAAAGCUGGGGAAACUCACAGAAACACAGCAGUCUUCUGCGCGAAAUUUCGCCGUUUUUGCCACAAUCAUUGGCUAUCGGAUGGACCAGCACCCCAGCGCCCGGAGCUGCACCAGCCGCGGGGCUUCGUCCUGCGAGGCCGUCCCGACCGAGCCCUCCAUGAACCUGUACAUCCACUCCACCACCGGCACCCGCUUUGAGCUCUCCCUGCCGCAGGAGGAGACCGUGGACGGACUGAAGAGGAGGCUGUCGCAAAAACUCAAAGUACCAAAAGAGAGACUCGCGCUGCUGCACAAAGAAACCAGACUAAGUUCAGGUAAACUUCAGGAUCUUGGAAUCACUGAUGGGAGCAAGUUAACGCUUGUACCAACAGUUGAAGCAGGAUUAAUGUCUCAAGCGUCAAGACCCGAACAGUCAGUAAUGCAAGCUUUAGAGAGCUUAACAGAAACUCAGGUCAGUGACUUCCUGUCCGGCCGCUCUCCCCUCACACUGGCUCUGAGAGUAGGUGACCACAUGAUGUUCGUCCAACUUCAGUUGGCGGCGCAGCAGUCCGGCGGUCCCCAACUCCAACACCGACACGUAAUCACCAGAGGAAACGCAGAGACCACUGUGGGACAGCCGACCGGGCAACCCCGUGUUCCCCACCCACACCCUCACGCCCACCUACACCCUCAUCAUCCACACAGUCACCCAAGCUCCCACCCCACUUCCCCAACCUCCUCAUCCUUCCCGUUGCCCUUAUCCCACCACCAGACUAUGCCUCCCAUGUACCACCAGUCACCCACUCAUUGUAGUCCUGCUACUCCACCUCCUCCACCUCACUCCCCUCGGCCGACUCACACCCCUGGGAGUCUUUUCCGAUCCCCCCAUCAUAUGCAUCAUCAUCAUCACCAUCAUCAUCAUCACAACCACCACUAUCACCAGCCUUCUUCAGGCCAAAGUAAUCAUGCUAUCGGCCAGGCCAGCCCAGUAGCUCCUGUACUCUGCCCUGAGGCCAACUGCAGCACCAACAGCCCUAGUAAUGGCAGCAGCCCAUCGUCACGCUCUCGUAAACCUGGCGCCAUCAUCGAAAGCUUCGUCAACCACGCUCCCGGAGUCUUCUCAGGGACCUUUUCAGGCACUUUGCACCCAAACUGCCAGGACAGCAAUGGGCGUCCACGACGAGAUAUCGGUACCAUUCUUCAGAUCCUCAAUGACCUCUUGAGUGCGACGCGCCACUACCAGGGCAUGCCUCCAUCCCUAACCCAGCUGCGCUACCAAACCCAGUGUGGUACCCCCAACUCCCCGUCCCCCUCACCGCCUCCUUCACCCCCAGUUGCUGGUGUCACUGGCCUCUCUGCCAAAGCUACCUCUGUGCCAGCCAGCAGCCCGAGCAUCCCUUCACCAAGUGUUCACCCGCUGUUGCAGUGCCAGAGCCAGAUCCGCAUGUGCAAACCUCCCGGUGACCGUUUGCGACAGACGGAGAACCGUGCCACCCGCUGCAAGGUGGAACGCCUCCAGCUCUUGAUGCAGCAAAAGCGUCUGCGCCGAAAGGCCCGGCGGGACCAGCGCGCCCCGUAUCAGUGGCUGCCCAAUCGCAAGGCUGGACGCAGCAACAGCAACAGCAGCAUGUCCAGCGAGGGCUCCCUGGAUCUGGACUUUGACGACUCCGUCUGGAAGCCCGACGUCAAGGCCGACUUGAAGUCCGAGUUCAUCAUGGCUUGAACCUUGCGAUCCCAGAGCAAUAGACGUGGAAAGAUGCGCACAUUUGGGAUUUACAGCAGGAUUUUCCGAGGCAGGAAGCGACUAAAAGACUAUAAUCCCCUUGUGGCGAUAAUAGCAACAAACGUUUUUUUUCGGAGCUUGGACACGGACGGCGACAACCGGACUUAACCCUGCACGGGACUCCUGUGGUAUAAGUAAUGCAGAAUUAGGUGGGUGGUGGGGAUUUUUCCAAGAUUUUUUGAAGCAAACUUUGGACACCAAUGAAGAGACCUGCACUGGACUUGGCAACAAAAACCGAAGCGCCAGAAACUUCUGUGCCGUCGAUCUGUGGAUUAGUUCAAUGGGCAUUCUUUGUCGAUCUCACCAACCGCUCCAGCUCACCGGCUGGUUUAGCAUAUUAUAUUUUAUAAACAAACAAACGAAGAAAAAAAAAACAAAACAAUAUGUAGCAUUGAUCACAAAGCAUUCAGGUUUUCAUAACUAAUGGUUCAAAGUUAAUUUGCACAUUUUCAUGAUUUAAAACAACCGGUCAGAGUGUGCAUUGAGGGAAGAGGGGUCAGAUGCCGAGUGGAAAUGAAUAUGGAAGUAUUGAUAUCAACCUCAUGGGGUAUUCAUAGGAAUGAUUCAUGGAUGAACGAAUAAAUGAAUAUUAACAGGAAGUGCUUUCUAAAUCUUUAAAAAAAUGUAUAUGGAUGAAAAGUAAUAUUUUUUAUUUCCUAUGUGCAGUUUUCAAAAAACAGCACCCCUUUGUGGCUUUAGUCGAAUAGCAGAAGAUCAGGAAGUGUUGUCUCGUCCCCUCAUUCGCUCAUUUACCUAUUGGCCAAGACACGACUUCCAAAAUCAUGAUUUCCACCCAGCCUUGCGUCUUCAUCAAGCGAAAUGGACUAGUAGUAGUUUGUGUACAUAUAUAUGUGACAAUUGGCAAAACGUUUGUGGGGUUUCUUGUGUGUUUAGUGUAAAUUGGUAACCCCACGUUCGCAUUGAUGCUACCCUCUCCCAAAAAUGAUCAGCAAACAAAAUCAGAUGAAAAAAAGGAGGCUGUCAUAUUCUUUAGUUUUUAUUUUUUAUCCUAAUAAUUCUCUAUUGGCCAGGUGGGAGAGGCGGGAUCUUUGUUCAGCCUCAUUAUCCAGUGCCUCCACGAGGAAGUCCAUAUCAGGCCUUUUCACAGUUUUGCUGCUACUCUUCAAAACUGAACUGAAAAACACAGGAACAAACAGUGACGUUUCUUGCAUGCAAAAUGUGUGAAUUACACAAAAGACUUUUCUAUGGAGGGAAGAAUAAUAAAAAAGAAACUGGUGCUGUGGGAAUGAAGGUUAACAACGUGCAUGAACUUGUGAAGAAAAAAUGUGCUGCUUUUGUUGGUUAGGUUUUCUAACAUUUAUAUUUAAAUGACAGAGAUAAAAAAAAAAGAACAAGAAGUUCAAUACAAAACAUGACAGAUGAAGUUAAGCGUGGACUUUCUCUCAGAGCUGAACAUUCCUGUUGCGUGACAAUGCGGCUGAGGAGGAUGAGUCAAGAACCCCCGCGUCCCCCGCCCCUCCCGAAAAACCUUUGACUUUCAAGGACACCUUGCCCAUCUUCCCAGCAUGAAUGCCAACCAACAGACCAGCGGAUUUCACAGUACUGUCCGUCAAAAGAGAGAGAAUUUUUGACCCGACCACAAUUGCACUCCCAGAGAUUGCAGUGAGAGAUUACCCUUUUGGUGAACCUCGUCUUUUUUUAAGUGGCCUUACCUUUCACGAAAAAAAAAAAAAUCGGGGACAAUGGGGACGGGAAGUUUUUGUGUAUUGUCGUCACAAUGUUGUCAUCACCUCGCCAUUGUUACUUUGUGGUCACUGAGGACACUGGGCUUCUGUCGUUUAGUACUUUUAGCUGGUGGAGUCUCUAAUAUGUCAAAGGCUUCUGUGCCUUAAAAAUGUCGCCCCCGCAGUGUCAACGUCCGAUUGAAGCAGUUUGUUUUUCUCAGACAAACCCCAUCCCAUUUUCAGUGUGUUUCUUGUUGGUCUAUGUUUAAAAAUUCCUACCUAUUAGCUGCAAAAACAAUACAAAUGUGUACAACAAAAAGUCAGAAAGGUCCUCAGAGGACUCCAGAUUGCGUGCACUUCCUGCUUGGAUCAUCAAAGGACGAUAUAUCUUGCCCCCUCCUAAAUUUAAUUUAAUUUUGUUUUUAAACAUAUAAACUAUACUCUGUGUGUGCCUCACUUCUGUGUGAAACUCAAAAGACGGAAAAAAUAUGACAAGCAUUACAGAGGUCAACAAAACUCACCUGGGGUUGAUGGAAUUCUGAUCACAUGGUUUGAGUUGCCUGUUCUUUCUUGUAGCCAACUAUUGAAAAUAACAGGAUCAAGAAAACAAUUUACAAUGUUCUAGCUCUAGACCGGUGUAGCACACGUGUGACUGUAUUAAUUUAUGAAACCAAAAUGGUAACUGUGAAUUAUGUAUUUCUUUGUGCAUUUUUUUAAAGUGGGGCAAAAAAAAGUUGUUGGGACACGACAGCAGUUGCUGGACUUGUCCAAAAACUUUUUUUUUUCUUUUUUCUUUCUUUUUUUUUUUUUUUUUUGGUGAAAUAUACUAGAAAAUAUACUGGAAACAUAUGUUUCUGCUCAAGAAAAAAGGGGGAUUGAAAAAAAUGGAAAAUGUAUGAAUAUAUUUUUUUCUUAAGCAAUACAUUUCAGUGUGACUUGUGAUAGAAUUUUCUUUUUCUAGGUAAGAAAUGAAUAAAAAAAAAGCUAAAUGAAAACACCUGUGUGUC